AUGCCAUCGUCAGUUGACAUGCUGUUGAACCAAGAGCUGGCGGCGGCGGCGACAGUCAUAACAGCCGAGGCGGGAGGGCCGGUUGAAGGAUACUUACCAAGCUCUAGCCAUGUUUUCUCGCACUUCCAGCAAGCUGGCACUGCUCCGACCAGAGUUCUUGACAUGGGGUCUCCCGAUUCCAGCAUGGGCAUGUCUCCCUCCACCUUCGUCAUGCCGAUGGGCCCCCUCCCGAUCGUCGAUUAUGGCGAUGUUGCCGUCUCGGUGAAGAUCCCUGAGGUCUGGCAACAGAAGCCUUUCACCAAGAACAUUAGAGCGGUGACACUAUCCAAAGGAUCUUGGACGCAUCAAGAGGAUGGACUUCUCAAGAGAUUGGUGGAUAAGUAUGGAAAUAAAAGAUGGCAGGAGAUUGCAAAACACUUCCCAAGACGGAUUGGGAAGCAGUGUCGUGAGCGAUGGACAAAUCACUUGCACCCUGACCUCAAGAAUGAUGCCCCGUGGACCGAGGAGGAGGACAUGGUGCUGAUCGAGGAGCACAAGACCUUAGGGAACCGUUGGUCGAAGAUCAAGAAACGCCUCUCCGGCCGGUCGGAUAACUGCAUCAAGAACCACUGGAACGCGACAAAGCGGAGCCUAAACUCGACGCGCCGGUUCGGGAAGAGAUUUCCCCUCCUCGAGGAGUACAUCCGCAGCACGAUCACGGCUGAUGAGAACGCGGGGUCAUCGUCGCAGGGGUCCGCGCCGCCGUCUGGCCUCGGGAAUGGCGCCCAGGCCGUUCCAAGUGCCGCUGCAAUGCUGGUUGUCUCCAGCCCACCCGGGAUGGGUACGUACCUGCACCCAGGUAACGCGGCCGGAUCAUUGUCCCAAGGAGCGACGAUGAACAUGAGCUCGGCGCUGCCAGAGCUGAACGCCUACGGUGGUGAGAUGCAGGGGCGCUACCAGUACUCACCGUCCUUCGCGCCCAACAACAACCUGAUGCACUAUGGACCACAGCCGGCAUUUCAGCAGAUGUUUAGCGCUGGAGAUUGCCUGCAGGUGCAGGACGCAGGCGCGAACCUGGACAUGCUCCCGUUACUCGAGGUUCUCGGUCUCAGUGGCAGCUACUACGGCAGCCAGACGGGCCACACAAGCGCUGCUGGCAUCGGCGAUCCGGACGACAUCAACGUCGUCUAG